ACAAUUUAGUUAAACAGUAAAUACAGUCCACUACUUAUUGGUUUAUAGUUUAAUGAAGUAAAGGUGAAUAAGAAGAAAGUUUAGUGUUUUAUUUGCCAUUACAAAUGAACUAAAAAAUAACGUAAUCAGGAAUCUCCUUUACAGCCAUUCGUUUUAGCUUUACUUAUAUGUAAAUAGUAAGAAAAGUUAUCACUAUUAGUAAGACGUACUAACUGGGUACCAGAUGAGCAAACUUAGAUGAUGUUUGUGUCACAAAGUAGGUACACUUUGGCAAAUACAGGAAUGAAGUGGAAAUAGCCACGCUGACGCGUUACUAGAUGAUGGUAGUAGGGAUUAGUACGGUCCCUCAAGCAGAACAGUCUGUCAAUAACAACAAAUCUCCUGGCCAUUCGAUUUAUCUUUAUAUGUGAAUAGUAAUAAAAGUUAUCAUUAUUACUAAGACAUACUAACUGGGUACCAGAUGAGCAAACUUAGAUGAUGUUUGUAGUACACAAAGUAGGUACACUUUGGCAAAUACAGGAAUGAAGUGGAAGUAGCCACGCUGACACGUUACUAGAUGAUGGUAGUAGGGAUUAGUACGGUCCCUCAUCAGAACUUUGUGGUUAUAUUUUUGGCAUAUAAAUAAGUUUAUGUAGUGCAGCAAGUUAGUUUUACAUAAAUAGUCGUGGUGAAAAGAACGAAUUAGUGGAAGUAAUCGCAGAAAUUAUUCAAGUGCUGUUGGUAAAUAAUUGGGUAUUGAAUAGUGUUUAAAUAAAUACGAAAAACGUUACACAAUGUUAAAAUUAGAGGAAACAAUUUAUGUAGAACAAAAACAGAAAGAACAAAAAGUGAUGUUCAGUGAAAGGUAACCAGCAAUGAACAAAAGUUGUACUUAUCGUUUAAUCAAGAGAUUUCUCACAAUAGGGAGCAUUCGUUAUAAUAGACGAAAGAUACAAAAGUUUAUUAUGAAACUGACACAGGUACAGGGCCCUUCACGAAUCGGUAUAUGGGAAAGUACUGCCACUAGUGUUCUGAAAAUUUGCUUGCAAGGGUUUUCGGAAAUGCUCGUUUCAGCUAAAAUAAUUUCAGUUUUCUGAAACUCCCGGUUAUACCGAAAGUGGACCCAAACUUCAUUAUUGGUCGCUCCAGAUAACUGACAAUUAAAAACCAUGAAAAUUUCAGUUUUUUCUAGUUUUUACAAAAACUGUUAAUUUGAUAUAUAUGAAUUUAUUAACGAAAUCCCCUUAAUUUGAAGCGUAGAAUCCAAUGGUAAAGAGAAAAAUGAGGGUUGCCAUUUGAAAAAAUGAAGUUUUCGAAGUUUUUAAAUAGCGAAAUUCGGCGCCAUUUUUUGAACACCCUAUAUGAAUUUGUGUCAAGGUUUUCACAUUUUUUAAAAGCUGUAAGCGUUAUUUGUCCGAAUCCCAAAAAUAUUAGACCUACUUCACUUAAACUUAGAAAUAUAAUUUCUUUAGUGGAGGGUUGCAUGUGUCCAAAAAUUUCGAAAAUGUGAAAUAAUCAAAAAAUGUUGGACCUUAGGCAUACGAUGCUUUAUAUAAAGUUAUAUUGAAAUUUCUCGUAGAUUCCAAAUAUUUAAUAAAAACCGUAGCAUUUUGAUUAAAAUAACGAAGUUUGGGUCCAGUUUCGCUAUAAACCAUAUGCAUGUCGAUUCAGCUGGUCGUGAAGGACCCUGUACAAUAUGCCAAACGUUUGUUUACGAUCGCUUUCAGUUUCUGAAAAACUUAUCCGCUUCUUUUACGUAUUAGUGAUUAUACACUCGUGGAUAACACACUAUUUUUGUAUGAGAAGGGGUAAAAUAGUUUAUCAAGAGCACUUAUUGAAAACGUCAAGAUAUAGAAGGAGUCUUGGUGAAAUCUAACGAUGAUUCUGAGGUUUUUAACUUGUUAUUAUUCAAUUAAUAAUAUCUAAUGUUGAACCAACUAUGAAGUCUUUAUUAGAAUGAAAACUAUACGAGUACCUGACAACUGUUUGAAAAAUUUUAUAAAUGGGCUUAUAUGUUGAUUCUGAACAACUUUUAUCCAGUUUGUCACCUGAAAGACACUGUACUUUACAGAAAAAUAAAUUUUUUGGACAGUUUUCGAGACAUACUAGAUUUUUGAAAUGGUCUUUUGUUAAGCAAACUUGUAAACUUCUGAAAAUACAAAAUAUUUUGUUAAUGACCGCAAUAGGUCGAAACGUCUGAAACUAUCUGUUUUUAAACAAAGUUUCAAUUGAAAGAGACUUAAAAUAAAGAUAACUGAUCAACAAAUCCAUAUAAAAAAGGUCUAAGAAGUAAAAAAUUGAGAAAUUUAUCAGAUAUCAGUAGUACCAAUGACAAGAAAUUGUUUAUAAUAAAUUAAUAAAUAUCUAUACUUGUAAGAUAGCUUAUCGUUCAAAAACUUAUCUAUCAGUGAAUCUUCUGGUAUAUUACAACGAACCCGUUCACAGCGAUGCUAUCAACAUAUUGUGCUGUGCUAGUUCCAAUCAUCAUAGUUUUAAAUUUCCCAUACUUCAUUUCAGCUGAGAACUUAAAAAUUAUUGGAGGCAAUGAAACCACUAUCGAAAAACAUCCGUGGAUGGUAUCCAUCCAAUUUUUGAGUAAUCAUCUUUGUGGAGGUUCCAUAAUCAAUGAGGAUACAAUUAUUACUGCUGCACAUUGUUUCGAUGAAAUCUCUAGUGGGCUAACAAUUGUUAGUGGAAUUACUGAUCUAAGUGAAGCGGAAGCAUCUGUGAGAGUGAUGAGCAUUAUAAUUCAUGAAGAUUACGAUUCUGCUACCAUAGACAGUGACAUAGCAAUUAUGAAAUUAUCUGAAAAUUUGACAUAUUCGGAGAAGAUUCAACCCAUUUUACUUCCAGAGGAGAAUGUUGAAGUGCCUGAUGGUACACUAGCGAUAACUUCGGGAUGGGGUCUGACAUCGGAGGAAGCUUCCGCAACUUCAGAUAUUUUGAUGGAAAUUGAAAUACCUGUUAUUGAUUGGAAUCUGUGUACAAAAUUAUUACCAGUCACUGAAAGGAUGAUGUGUGCAGGAUACGUGAAUGGAGGCCCAGACACUUGUACGCUAUUUUGGACGCUUCGUUUCUCGACAAUCAUCUAAGGAGUAAGAUACUUGAUACGAAGACUCCAUUUACCAUCGUGAAAUUUUGAUAAGCUUCACCAAAUUGUUGUGGAAGACCAUUGAAUCGAGAUUAGAGAGAUAGAAGAGGCUACAUACUGACUGAUUAAUUAUACAUGCUUACGGCAUGACCAAAAGCGCAAAAGGCAACAGAUUGCAAAGGGAGAAUUGGAUAACACCCACCGUAUUUACCAUACCUAGUCCCUAGCAAAUUUUGCUUAUUUCAGUGAAGCUAGAAACUUGAAAUUCUGUAAUUUUCGUGCGCUCUCCAAGGACUAAUUACGGGUAUUUUAUCAAUGUUCCUGUUCAGGGGUGAAAUUUGUAACCCUUACUUUAUUUCAUACCAAAACUUUUUUAAAGAUGAAAUUUUAUGAAGCAAUAGCUGUAGAGAAAAAAAACAACACCAAAAUUCAUAGUUUUUUUUAAUAAAUUAAGUGGAAAACAGUAAAUAUGUAAAAUAUAAUACGAUUCCUAAUAAAUGAUGGACAUAAUCACCUCUAGCUAAAA